AGCCCCUACUUCACUCCUCUCUCCACUGCAUUCUUCAUCAUCUCCUUGCAUUAGAUAACUUCUUUAAAACCUCCCCACCAAAUCCGAAAAAGACAAUAAUUAUUGCAUUUACAAGCCCUAUUCAAAAAAAAUGUUUCCCUCAACCAACUGCAACAACCCUUUUGAUGAAUCCUUUCUCACAAUAACAAGGCCAUCACCAUCUCCUCCUUCACCAUUCACAUCCUCCUCCCAUCAAAACCUUACCCCCAAACACGACGACAACGACAACGACCUCCUCUUCAACUUCCCCUCGCCCUUCCUCGACGAGCAAGAGUCCCCCUUGAACCAAAUCUUCCUCCGCCCCAUCGAUCCCAAAAAUCUCGUGAAGUCGAAAAUCGAAGAUCAGAUUCCGGCCGCCGCCGCUGCUCCGCCGCCGCGGAGGCAUGCCGGGAAGAAGGACCGGCACAGCAAGAUUUGCACGGCGCAGGGGGUGAGGGAUAGGAGAAUGCGCCUCUCCCUUCAAGCGGCUCGGAAAUUCUUUGAUCUCCAGGAUAUUCUCGGCUACGACAAGGCCAGCAAAACGAUCGAGUGGCUCUUCGCGCAGUCGAGCGAGGCGAUCAAGGAGCUCGCUCACGCGAAGAGAGAGUCCUUCCUCUCCGAAUGCGAAGACCUUUCCGGAAUCGAGGAGAUCAGCUCCAGCGCUGUGGCUCCGGACGCGAAGGCGCUGAGGGAGAAGGCGAGGGCGAGGCGUCGGACGCAAGAGAAAAUGGUGGAUAAGCGCCUCCGUUUCUCUGGUGAUUGUUUCACGCCAAACCCUAGUAUCCCAAUCAACGAAAUUAGGGUUUCUGAGGAGCUGGGAAUGAUUGGGAAAUUUUGGGGGAAUUCGAGCUCUGACUAUCAGUGUGCAGCUUCGGAUCCGGGUUUGGUAGGAUUUCUUGGGAAUUGGGAUGUUUUGAGCAGUGAGAGAUUCCAUUUUUCGGUUGGAAAUCAGGUUUCUUUUGCAGGUAAUCUCGGCUCAGUUUUCUCUGAAUUUCAUUAAUAAAAUAAUUAAGCACUUCUUUUUUGGUUUGGGAAGGGAGAUUGUUCUUCUAGCUAGCCAUAGUUAGUCUUCCUCACCUUGUGUAUAUCAUUUUAAGUAUGGAUUUUCGAGGACUUUAUAUCGAUAUAAUGCUGUAAUUUAUGUUGUAUCAAUGAAGGAUUAAUGUUGAUAUCA